AUGACCCAGAGAAGAAUGGCCUUUGUUAAUGACUCUUCAGUGAAGGAGUUCAUCCUGUUGGGUUUGACACAGCAACCACAGCUUCAGUUGCCGCUCUUCUUCCUAUUCUUGGGAAUCUAUGUGGUCUCCAUGGUGGGGAACCUGGGCUUGAGUGUUCUAAUUGUUUUAAACUCUCACCUGCACACCCCCAUGUACUACUUUCUCUUCAACCUUUCCUUCACAGAUCUUUGUUACUCCUCUGUCAUAAUCCCCAAGAUGCUGGUGAGUUUUGUGAAACUGAACACCAUCUCCUAUGCAGAGUGCAUGACUCAGCUCUUUUUCUUUGCUUUCUUUGUUAUAGAUGAAUGCUAUAUUUUGACAGCAAUGGCCUAUGACAGAUAUGCUGCCAUCUGUAAGCCCCUGCUUUACCAGGUCACCAUGUCUCAUCAGGUCUGCCACUUGAUGAUGGUAGGUGUGUAUGUGAUGGGGUUUGUGGGAACCUUGGCCCAUACUGGUACAGUGUUAAGUCUGAGCUUUUGUGAUGGAAACAUCAUCAAUCACUACAUGUGUGAUGUGCCUCCUCUCAGGAAGCUCUCCUGCACAAGUACUGCCAUCAAUGAGCUGGAGGUUUUCAUUGUUGUGGGUAUCAAUGUAAUUGUGCCCAGCCUGACUAUCUUUAUUUCUUACACCUUGAUCCUUUCCAACAUCCUUGGCAUCCGUUCUGCGGAGGGUAGGUCAAAAGCCUUCAGCACCUGUGGCUCCCAUGUAAUGGCUGUUUCUUUUUUCUUUGGAGCAGCAACAUUCAUGUAUCUUAAGCCUUCUAGUAUGUCUGUGGAUGAUGAUAAAGUAUGUACCAUAUUUUAUACCAUUGUGGGCCCAAUGCUGAAUCCCUUUAUCUACAGUUUAAGGAAUAAGGAUAUCCACAUUGCGCUGAGAAAAACUUUGAGAAGGAUGUUUGUCUAA